GUUUUUGAUUCUCAGCACUGAUUCACGUGCAUUGUUGCAGGAUGCACGCCGAUGCAGCAGAUGGCAGUGUGAUCCCUUCAGACCUGAUGUGUCACUUCCUGUCAGCUCUGAGCCAGAAAAAGACAACAGCAAGCGAUCUCAAGCCAGGGAUCCUUUUAGGGGAUAUCUGAUCCCCUCAUUAUACAUCGAUGACAUUUCCUGUCAUAACAACAGAAGAUAAUGGCCAAUAAGAAGAGGGUGCUGGUAACAGGUUUUGAGCCUUUUGGUGAGCAUGCAGUGAACUCCAGCUGGGUGGCAGUGCAGGAACUGGAGCGCAUGGGACUGGGUGAAGACGUAGACCUUCAUGUGUGUGAGGUGCCUGUUGAAUACCAGGCUGUCCAGAGCCUCCUGCCAUCUCUGUGGAAAGAGCACCAGCCGCAGUUAGUGGUCCAUGUUGGAGUCUCUGGGUUAGCCACCACCGUCACUCUGGAGCAGUGCGGCCACAACAAGGGUUACAAACGCCUGGACAACUGCAGAUUCUGCCCAGCCUCUCACUGCUGCAUGGAGAACGGCCCCGACUGCAUACAGUCCGUCCUGGACAUGGAGAAAGUCUGCAAGAGGGUCAACGACUCAGCGCUCGGGGUCACUCUGUCUGUGUCUGAGGAUGCUGGAAGGUAUCUGUGCGACUACACCUACUACACCUCUCUUCACCUGGGACAGGGUCGCGCCGCCUUCAUCCACGUGCCUCCACUUGGAAAACCCUACAGCAGCCAGGACCUGGGCAGAGCUCUUCAGGCCGCCGUGCAGGAGAUGCUGAAACUGCUGGAGCUGGAUCACGAAGACAGCGAGCGCUGCAAUCACACAAAUCAACACCAGCAUGGCCACCAAUGACUGACGCACAACCUGAGCAGACUCAUCAAGUCACACAAAUGGAUGCUGUCAAGAGGAGGAUGAUAUAAUUGCCAUGUGUAUUUACCAGUUUGUGUUGAAAAAAGCAACCUGACUACAGCACCUGUUUAUUGUAGACCUGGUCUGGGUCUUUGCAUGUGUGGGUUUGAACGUGUGUCCAGGAGAGAACUGCUGUGAGUACUAGUGAUGUCUCUAUAAUCCUGCGUCUGACCCAAGACUGAUUUAUGCAACUACAUUAACACCGAAUUAGCAGUAUAAACAAAAGUAGCUGAAAGCUAAGUAUGGUGAUACUGUUACACCAACUCACAUUUUACUCACUUUCUAAGCCACAUUCUUCCCCUGCCUGUAAGUCUGUCCUCUUGUUAUAAUUUUACUGUUAUGAUGUCAUUCCCUUGUGUUUGAGAGAAAUGUGAUGAUUUUUAAAUGAUGGCAACCUGAAGAAAUUUUAACAUUCGCACUUAAAAUUAUUUGUUUAUCUCAGGGAACUUAUUGCACAUGCAAUCAGUGUCAAAUAAUGUGAUUAUUUCAUUAUGUCUGUCCUUUUAUAUGUAGUGCAGCUGUGCAGGGAAAAGAUCAUUUAAAGCUGUGAAUAAUUAAAACACUUCACACAGGGUUUUUU